UUGGCUAUUAUUUGAGUCUGAGAUGGUUCACGAUAGAAAAUAUUCCCGCACGGAGUAUUUCUUCGCAUUCGAGCCUGAGGCCCCCAGUUCACGCAGAUGACCAAGACAGGAGACGUCUCUCAUCAUGGUCUCUCUUCCACCAACGUCGACACUGCCAGCACUGGGCGCCGAACAAAGGGCACAAAUUCUCGACACCCUCUUCGAGCCGUGUCUGCAACUGCACACACUAUCCGUCAGCUUACUGCGGGAACAGUCAUUCUCAACAUACGACACACUUAUUGAGGCCGUGGGCGAGCAGCUGCUGGAACUCCACCGGUCAAACUUGGAGAGCGAUCAAGAAUGGCUCGAGGCCAUCUUAUCUGCCCAUCCGCGGUUAGGUGAGAAAAAGGUGGAGAGCGAGCAGAGUCGCAAGGAGCAAGCGCAAUUGAACCAAGGCGGAGCCGACGAGGCCGAGAAGCUGGUGGACAUGAACCGGAAAUACGAAGACAAGUUUCCUGGUCUAAGAUAUGUAGUGUUCGUGAACGGACGAAGUCGCCCUGUCAUCAUGGAAGACAUGCAGAGACGAAUAGACCGGGGAGACAUUCAGCUGGAAAAGCAAGAGGCAAUCAAGGCCAUGUGCGAUAUCGCAAAGGAUCGUGCGAAGAAGUUGGGCGGUUGAACCUCACACGAUGGACGCGCUUCCCGUGGGCGUCGCCAAAACCACCACGUCGCGACCGACGGUCAAGCUGGACCAAAGAGACAAUCGUAUCUAUGUGCCCUGGCUUCGCAAUGGUACAGAAAAAUCAUUCAACGCCUUGCGGAUCCCAAUGCUCCGAAUACAAUUACAUAUCUGAUUCGCCGUCCCGGGAGGCCUCUUUUUCUUCCCCCUCUUUCCCGUUCCCGUGUUAGCUGCAUUGUGCGAGGGUGCGAUGCGCGAACUAUUAUGUCUCUCACGAGCAGAGAGGCUUCCUGAUGGGUAACUGAAGGUCGAAGCCAUCACUGGUUCAUGCCAUAGGCACCUCGCGGGGAUAGGAUCGUCGUUGCCAAUGCUGGUUUAGCCCGAACUAGGACAAUUGCCUUGCAUAGACAAACAGUCAUAUUACAAUCCGCUUGGAUUUCUU